AUGACUAGUUUGGGUUCAUUAUCAGCAAAUCAAAAGACACAAAUAAGAAAUGCUUUUACAUUAAUAGAUGGAGAAUCAAGAGAUUCACUAAUAACGAAAGAAGAUCUUAAAAAUAUAUAUUCAUCAAUUGAUUUAAAACAACCAACAGAUUCGCAACUUACAAAAAUGUUAACAAUAGAUAAUAAAGAUUGUUCAAAGAAAGGUAUAACGUUUGCCCAGUUCUCAAAUAUACUUGCAAAGGAAUUCUCUUUUAUUGAAGAAAAAUCAGUGAUAUAUGAUUCUUUAAAAGUUUUUGCUAAUGAUGACAAACUUGAUAAUGGAGAUGAUUUACAAGUUGAUUUAAAUGAACUAAAAGAUUCAUGUUGUUCAAUUACGUUACCAGAAAAUAAGAAAUUAUCACGAUCGUCGUUUGAUACACUAGUUAAAGGAUUUACACUGCAAACAAUGGAUGGAAAAAAAGUAUUUUUAGCAUCCAAAUGGAUAGAAGCAUAUAUCGAUUAA